AUGGACUCGACGCCAGUCCUGCACCAAGGAUGGGGCUACGGCCUCAUGAUUGGACUGGGUGUUCUUUUUGCUGUGUUUAUGAUCAUCAUUACUUGGGCGCUCAAGAGAUACAAUUAUGAGCUGCAGACAUCCGAGAUGUUCACGACAGCUGGACGGUCAUUGAAAUCAGGAUUAGUCGCCUCAUCGGUGCUUUCAACUUGGACAUGGGCCGCGACUCUGCUGCAGAGCACAGCCGUAGCUUACAAAUACGGGGUCUCGGGGCCUGUAUGGUAUGCCUCCGGAGCCACUGUACAGAUCAUUCUGUUCGCCACGCUCGCUAUUGAACUGAAGAGACGCGCUCCCAACGCACACACAUUCCUAGAAGUUGUGAAAGCUCGAUAUGGGCCGGUCACACACGGCGUGUACAUUGUCUUCUGUUGCUUCUGCAAUAUCCUAGUGACGGCGAUGCUGCUCACCGGUGGGUCUGCGGUCAUCCAAAACUUGACCGGUGCCCCUGUAGCUGCUUCCGUAUUCUUGUUCCCGAUCGGUGUGGUCGUCUACACUCUUUUCGGUGGUAUCAAAGCAACUUUCAUCACGGACUACAUCAAUGGCUUGGUGAUUCUCAUCAUCAUUUUCAUUUUUGCAUUUACAGUUUACUCAACCAAUCAGCUUCUAGGCUCGCCCGGGCGAGUAUGGGAAAUCCUUACUGAACUUGCGGCUGAGCGGCCCCUGGCUGGAAAUGCAGGCGGCAGCUACUUAACCAUGCGCUCUCAAGGAGGAACAAUUGCAGCAAGCCCGAUUGAUGCUCUUCCGGGCUAUGUCAUGGGUGGAAUCAGUUGGUUUGCCGUUCCUUGGCUCACUGCGACUACCAUGGGUCUCGCGGGUCUCGCUCUAGAAAGAUACGACAUCUGGCCGACCUACCCGAACCGUCUAGCCGCUGCGGACGUUGACGCCGGAUUGGUUCUACCCACUGCUGCCGUUGCCCUGCUUGGGAAAGGAGGAGCGGUUGCAACGCUCAUUCUAGCCUUCAUGGCUAUCAUGAGUACCUACUCGUCUGAGCUAAUCUCUGUAUCGUCCAUCUGCACCUACGACAUCUACAAGACCUACUUCAACCCCAAUGCUACCGGCAAGCAACUCAUGCGAAUCAACUACAUCGGCAUGGGUGUCUUUGCCCUCGUCAUGGCUGGGUUUGCGACCGGUCUCAACUAUGUAGGCAUCUCCAUGGGCUACCUUUACUUGAUGAUGGGUGUCAUCAUUUCUUCCGCCGUCUUACCCGCUGCCCUCACUCUACUCUGGGAUGGGCAGUCCUGGGCGGCCGCCACUUUCAGCCCAAUCAUCGGAUUCGCCCUUUCGAUGACGGCAUGGCUCGUCACAACGAAGAUAAAGUACGGCGAAUUGAGUGUUACAAACACAGGUGCGAACGAGCCAAUGUUAGCCGGAAACUUGACAUCGCUCCUUUCACCAAUCGUCUUCAUCCCACUUCUGACUUUUAUCCCACCUUUCAAGCCCCAGCAGUACGACUGGCAGAGUAUGCUCAACAUCCGACAAGCGGACGAUCAUGAGCUCGUUGACGCUGCUCAUGUGGAUGUUGAAAACUCGCCUGAAGAGAGGGCGAGAGCACUCCAGAGUGAUCCUGACGAGCAGGUCAAGCUCGAAAAAGCAGCCAAGACUGCUCGCUGGCUGACUGUUGGUGUGACACUCGUUCUGCUCAUUUUGUGGCCGAUGCCGUUGUAUGGCACUGGCUAUGUAUUUGGAAAAUCUUUCUUCACCGGCUGGGUCGUUGUAGGAAUCACUUGGCUAUUCGCCUCUGUUGUCAUGGUCGUCUUCUUGCCGAUAUUCGAAUCUCGGAGUACGAUCGUGCGAACUACUCGCAUGAUGUUCAAGGACCUCUUCGGCCUGAGAGGGAAGGGCAAGCCUGUCAGUGAGGGCAUGUCGCCUGGCUCAAGUACCCCACCUGAGCUCACGGAGAAGGCCACGUCCAAGGCAUGA